UUACUAUAAGGGGCUUUGAUAGCAAGCACAGCACAGCUUAGUGAUAUAUACAAAACCAGGCUAACAGUACCAUUGCGGGUAUGGAUGGUAUUUUAGUUGCUUCAGUUACUCGCGAGUGCUUCACCAAUUCAGUCGUUUAGUCGUCGUUUGUUGUCUUUGCCGCUGCCGUUGCCGUUUUUCUCUUUUUUCGAGUUUUAAGACUUUAUAAAUGUCGUGUGGACGUGGAUUCUUUAAUCGGGAUCAGUCUUAAAUAGCUUCUGUGUCGGUUCCGCAAUUAGGGUACAUUGUUUUUUUUUAUCCCGAAGAUAUUCAGUGACAUCUCUGUCCUCAUAUCAGAUCAGAUCAAAAACCAUCACCGCGCCACUAAUUGACGACUUUCUCCGGUUCGACUCCUUAUAAGCAUCUCAAGUGUGUGUAUCUUCUUUAUGAAUCUGUUAUCAGCCCAAAACGCUUGAAAAAAAAAAUCUGAAAAAUUCAUUAACCUGUAAAGCACGUAUCUAUCACCCAAAAUAACGGCCGACCACAAAAAAAGUUGGUAUAUUAUCGCAUAGGAGUUAUAAAAUUUAUUAUUUCCUUGCAAUUUUGCGGCUCGGAUUAAAUGUAAUAAAAAGGGCAAUUUAAUGUGAACUUAAAGGAGAUAAAAACAAAUAAUUAAAAGCCUGCAAGACCAAACAACACAUACAAUAACAUACGAACAAAGCCCUUAUAAUAUAUGAUAAAUUUUAUAGUAGUUGUGUUUGUAAUUAAAAAUAGUACAACACACCAAUUAAAGUGAAAUUAAAUAGUAAACAUGCAACAAAAGAAGUAAAAAUUGAAAUAGAAUAAUUACAUCUUAAAUAAGAGAAAAGAAAAAAUAAUAAUAAUUUAUUUAUUCGGUUUUCCAUAACACGCCUAUUGUGUGUGACGAAAAGAAAAGUGGUUUGUUGAGUGCGCGUGCGUAAAGUUGUAACCUCGUUGGGCUUUAAAAUACAAUAAUAAUAAAAAAAAACAACAACAACAACAUACAAAAGAAUAAGUUCUACGAAAAGUACAAUUUUCUUUUUCAAUUUUAAUCUACAACUGAGAAUUCCACUGAACGAAUCGCUGAGAUUGUGAAUUAUUCUUGGAAAUACUGUUAUGCGCCCUAAACGGAAUUAAUGUUUGACACGCAUGCCGGUCAUAGGAAAUCAUAUCUUCUCCACAAUGUGGAGUAGAUGGCUAGUCAGCCCUCCAGUCAUAUUACUCUAUUACCAAAUAGUAUUAACAAUAUCAAAUUGCCUAAGCGCAGUGCCACUGGCAGCUGAAGCUGCCUACAGUGGUGCUGCUGCAAGUGACUUCAUAAUCAGUAGUAGCGGCAGCAAUAGUGGCAAUAAUGAUGGGAGUUUAAAUAAUAGGCAUUUGCGGUACAGCGACAGCCUUAGUGAUACAUAUAGCAAUAGUUACGAUAGCAUAAGUGAUAAUAGUUAUGAUCAUCUACCUGUCCCCGAGCCUCUGCUACCAUCUCUAUCCGCCCCCUAUCAGCAGCGAAGUCAAAGUUAUAAAAUCAGCCCGAAACCAUGUACGAUUGGUAGCAUCGAUGGCACGUGCAUGUUCGUGUGGGAGUGCAUCAAGUCCGAGGGUCAACAUGUUGGCAUGUGUGUUGACACAUUUAUGUUUGGGUCAUGUUGUGCGCACAAUCUUACCCAAAACAUUAUAAUGCCGCAAACGUUUUCCUUUACUCGACCACCUCCGUCGCUAGCCUCAUCGGCGUAUCUGCCGUCAUCAUCAGGUCAUCAUAAGCCCAGACCACCAUCGAGUAUAAGUGGAGUUACAACAAUCGAACGACCGCAUGGUGCUGGCACUCUUGUGGUCCGUCAUCCGCCUGGACCCCAUCAUCAGACUGUCAUCACCCAUCAUCAUGGCAGUAGUAAUUACUUCCAACCGCAGUACCAGAAGCCAGUCACGUCAUCAUCAACUUCAUCUUCAUCAUCACCGUUGUCGACUUCAUCGUCUACUCUGACAUAUGUGUCAACUACGAAGAAUCCUAGUCUUACCAAUUCAUUAGUUGAUAUGGAAACAUCUGCCAGUAUUUCAUCAAGUCUUUGGAAUACAUCACCACAGACAAUCCAAUGGCAUAUGACGACACAACCGAAUUUCAUAACGAAACCGAGACCCCCAGUUUGGGAGAAACCCUCGAAGCCGAUCAAGCCAUCGAAGAAACCCAUUCAAACACAGGCGUCAUUUAUGACAACACGAAGGCCAAUCGUUACAUCAGGGAAUUUCCCAACCAAAACGAAACCACAGACCUUUGGCACAAAACCAACGAAACCAGCGACGACAACUAGACCCUAUUCACCAUACUUUAGCAGUUCGAGUAAUGCCCCACAAACUUCUACAACCUCUAGACCGAUGGUUUCAUCCAACCUCUACUUUCCGUCAACUCAUCAUUCGUCCCCAUCACCGACGCCAUCGUCUUCCUAUCCAACUUUUAUCUACCCCACAAGCAGCAAGCCAACAAAGGGUCCCAUAAAAUUCCCAACUUCCACAUCAACAACUCCAAGCGUCUUCCCAGUCCGAUUUACACCACCACCCCUUAACCACACAACCAUCGAAUCCAACGAAAUUCUCAAUCAUGUGACGACGAAUGAUAAUCCCAUCAAGACCAUUUCGGCAGCUCGAAGUGAGUGUGGAGUUCCAUCACUAGCACGACCGGAAACCCGCAUUGUUGGCGGCAAGAGUGCUCCAUUCGGACGCUGGCCUUGGCAGGUGUCAGUGCGACGGACAUCUUUCUUUGGCUUCUCGAGCACACACCGGUGCGGCGGAGCAUUGAUCAAUGAGAACUGGAUCGCAACAGCGGGCCAUUGUGUGGAUGACCUUCUUACCUCACAAAUCCGCAUUCGAGUCGGGGAAUAUGAUUUCUCUCACGUCCAGGAGCAACUUCCAUACAUUGAGCGUGGAGUCUCGAAAAAAGUCGUUCAUCCCAAAUACAAUUUCUUCACCUACGAGUAUGAUCUGGCGCUGGUGAAACUGGAACAGCCUCUCGAGUUUGCCCCGCAUGUGAGUCCGAUUUGUCUACCAUCAACUGAUAGUCUCUUAAUUGGAAUGAAUGCAACGGUCACGGGAUGGGGUCGGCUGAGUGAGGGUGGGACAUUGCCAUCAGUGCUACAAGAGGUGUCUGUGCCGAUCGUUAGCAAUGACCGAUGCAAGUCGAUGUUUCUGCGAGCCGGACGACAGGAAUUCAUCCCGGAUAUAUUCCUCUGCGCUGGCUACGAAACUGGUGGACAGGAUUCAUGUCAGGGUGAUUCUGGUGGACCUUUGCAGGUCAAGUCACAAGAUGGUAGAUUUUUCCUUGCCGGCAUCAUCUCAUGGGGCAUUGGAUGUGCUGAAGCAAACUUGCCUGGUGUCUGUACAAGGAUAUCGAAAUUUGUUCCUUGGAUUAUGGAAAAUGUUGUAUGAUGACUGAAAUUUUUUAAAACACACAAUAAACAAAAAUUAAGCGGAAUAUUUAAAUAUUGUAAAUACAUGAUUUUAUUUAAUUAUUUUUUUUUAUUAAAUUUUAAACAAAAUGUUAUAAACUAAAGCAAGCACAGUUAAAAAAAAAAACGAAAAAUAUGUAUAAUUGCUUUGAAAAUUGUGAUUUCUUUCUUCUUAGUGUUCUUAAAUCCUCAUAUACAAUGUCUCAUAGCUCAUUUGUUGUAAUUUAAAUAAUCUUAUAACAUUAAACAUACAUUUGUAAAUAAAUUUAAAUAAUUAUUAAAAGAUUUGAAAAUUAUAAUUUUAAUUAAUUUAAAACUGUUGUUAUAUAUUUUUAUAUUGUAAAAUUAAAUAUAUUAAACAAAUAUGCAAAAUGAAUAAAAUUGAACACUGAAUUUUAAAUGUGAAAUAUAUUUAUUGCCUUAGUUAAGCAAAUAAAUAUAAUAUUUUAUUUUAUUCAAAUUUUAA